AUGGGCAAAGAAAAACUUAGCAACGACUCGCCCGUGAAUGAGGCCAUUGGAUCGGGGUCCCCGAAUGGCCAUGAUCCUCUGGAAAUGGAUGGCUUGACACUGUAUGAGAAGAAAUGUGUUUUGAUUAACCACGAGAUUGACAACAAUGGCAUGGGACGUUAUCAGUGGUACAUCUGGGGAUUGUGUGGUUUCGGUUACAUGCUCGAUCUGCUCUGGGCUCAAGCAUUCGGCCUGGUACUGAGUCCGCUUGAGCAAGAGCUUGGCUUCUCACUGAGCAACUCGGGAAACAUCUCGGUAGCGUUCAGCGCUGGUCUCACCGCAGGCGCGUUCUUCUGGGGUGUACUCGUUGAUAUCAUAGGCAGGCAGUGGGCGUUCAAUCUGACCUGUCUCAUCUCUGCGGUGUUCGGACUGGGACUUGGUGGCUGUAACUCUUAUACGGCCUUCUUGGUCGUCACGGCUUUCGUUGGCUUCGGAAUUGGUGGCAACAUCCCGAUUGAUACCACCAUUUGUCUGGAAUUCAUCCCGCAGAACCGACGCUUUUUGCUGGCUCUGUUGUCGAUCUUCCAGCCCAUCGGCGUGGUCGUCUGCAGCGCGAUCGCGUACGGGUUCAUACCGAAGUUCUCCUGCAGCCCGAACUUUAGUGAGGCGAACCCACUGCUAUCGUGCAAUGUUCCGCACGAUGGCCAAGCAUGCUGUACCCGCCAGAGCAACAUGGGAUGGCGAUACCUGAUGUUCACGCUGGGUGCGAUCACACUUGGAGUCUUCAUCUUGCGGUUCGUCGUCUUUCGCUUCAAGGAAUCCCCAAAAUUCCUCGUAUAUCGUGGGCAUGACGAGAAGGCAAUUGCUACUCUGGAGCACAUUGCAAAGUUUAACAAGCGAGCUUGCGGCAUAUCUCUGGCCGACUUCGAGGCCUUGACUGGCGAGCACAAUUCUACGACCAGCGCGACCGAGCUCAUCGGAACUGGAAGUAAGCAGUUGCAGAGGUCGACCAAGGAAAAGAUCAUGAUCGAGCUGGCACGCUACAAGAUGUUGUUCAAUGGCUGGCAGAUGACUCGGCUAACCAUCUUGGUCUGGCUAACUUAUAUUUGCGACUUCUGGGGUUUCACGCUGGCUGGAACCUAUCUGCCCACGAUUCUUGCGAAGAAGAACGGUAGCAUCAAUCUCUCGCUGGAGUUCACCUACCGCACCUAUCUCGCCAUCUAUGCACCAGGUAUCGUUGGUGUUGUCCUCGGUACCAUGAUGUACAGCGUACCAUCGGUAGGCCGCAAGUGGACCAUGGUCAUCUCAUCGGGCUUGAUGGGUAUAUCCAUGUUCGUUUUCAGUGCCGUCAAUACAGAGGCCUCGAACAUCGGACUCAAUGUGAUGGAGUACUUUUUCCAGAGCAUGUUCAACGCCGUACUCUACGGUUGGACACCAGAAGUCUUCCCAGCACCCAUUCGAGGUACCGCCUGUGGUGUAGCCUCUUUCUGGGGUCGCCUUUUCGGCAUUAUCGCACCUCUGACCGCGCAGUCAUUGUUGCCGUCAGGCAGCACCGCGAACGAUGGUCCCGCUCUCAACAGAGUGCUGUACUUGGCUGGUGGCAUUACCUUGGGUUGUGUCUUGACAGUAUCACUGCUUCCUAAUAAGGUGUUGGGACGACAGAGCAUGUAG